UGUUCAUUCCUCCACCUGAACAACAGCAAUUAUUACAAGAAUGUCAAGCAUUGAUUUUGUUAUGUCAACAAACUUCUUUAAAAAAUUCAUCAGAUACACAUAAUCAAAAUCAAAUUAUAUUCUUACAAAAGCUUUGUGAAUUGAUUCAACAAAAACCAAUUCCAAGUGAAGAGAUUCAAAAAAUCAGACAGGUGCUUGCACCUACAACGACACAAUCUAUUGCCACAGCUACAACUUUACCCACUACAGCAGUUACUACCAAUAAUUUACCAGCUCUUUUAAAUAAUGUUGCUCCUCAACAUUUAUCAACUCCUUCACCACCACAUACUGUUGUUAUGUCGAUGCCACAACUUCAUCAAAUCCUUCAACAACCUAAUAUAUUAUUAACUAGCCCUGUCACUUCUGCUGCUAUACCAGUAACUACAUCUACUGGAGUAAUUUCAAUUCUUUAUGAUGCAUUCCCAUCUCAAUGUAAACAAUGCGGGAUUAGAUUUGCUAAAGAUUCAAAAGAUGGAGGAGGAAAGAUUGGUAAGCAUUUGGAUUGGCAUUUUAGACAAAAUCGUAAGAUAAAGGAAAAAGCCAAGAGGGCACAAAGUAGAAACUGGUUUGUCACUGAGGAGGAUUUUAUUAAUUCAAGAGAUUCAGAUUUUCAAAAUGGAAAUACACCAACAUUCUUUGAAUAUGAUACUAGUAAUUUUAAAUUAAAUAAAAGAACAAGUGGAAUUGGUGAUGGUAGUGGAACUUCUAGAUCAAAAAAGGCAAAAAUAGAUCAUAAUAAUAAAAAUGAUAUUAACAAUCUUAUCAGUGAAUCGACUGUUAUUGUUCCACUUGAUAUUCAAAAAACUAAUAAACCUUGUCCCAUUUGUAAAGAAAAAUUUCAAAUGUUUUGGAAUGAUAAUGAAGAAGAAUGGAUGUAUAGAAAUGCUAUGGAAAUAAAUGGUGUUAUUUGUCAUGCAACUUGUCAUUCUGAUGCAAUAAAGCUUAAUGUUGUUGUUAGUUAG